CGCGGCUCUGAAUCCACCAUUUGCAUUAUCUCCAGAUGGUAGAAAAGGAUGCUACAGAACGCCUCCGAAGGGCUAUCAAAGAAAACAACCUCUUUCUGGCCAAGCGGCUUAUACAAAGGACCGAUAUGCGUAACCCUGACCCUGGUCCUCGCCGCUUCACAUCAUUAGCUUGGACUGCUGCACUAGGACAUGAAGAGACAUUCGAAUUCUUGCUGAAUGCCGGUCAUGACGAUGAUGAGCUGAGUCGUGAUGCUGAAGGGAAUACAGUAUUGAUGCUUCUCGCCGACUUCAAACCUCCUCCAUUCGAUCCAUAUGCCCCUGGUCCGUCAGAAGUGGAUUUAAUGGGUGCUUGUUUACGCAUGGCAAGGAUGUACUAUGAACGAUACCCCUCCAUCCUUGAUUGGUCCAAUGUAGGGGGUAAGACAGCAAUUCACUUUGCCGCUCUCAGAGGAAACGAGGAACUCGUUCGCAUGCUCUGCGAUUGGCGUGCGGAUAUCGACUUACCCGAUGGGAAAGGGAACACUCCGCUGCACUACGCAAGCUCUUGGGGACAUAUACCUGUCGUCCAAAUCCUCAUAGAGCGCGGUUGUGCCUUUUAUGCUCGGAAUAAUGAAGGCUUUCUGGCUUUAGAUUAUGCGUAUUCUUUCAGCACCCAGGACACGAUGAACGACGCGCGUCAACAUGCCGAGAACAGCAAGCGUAGAAUGCUUGUGCCACAGAAUGCUUCGUAUAACGAUUUGCCACCCCCGUUAUCGCUGAAGCACCAGAGCAGUCCGAGACUGCGCAGCGGUUCAGGCGGUAGUCGAACCACAAACACUUCGGAUAGCAAUGAACCAGACAGUGCUGGCUUCGGAGUCGUACAGGCCACGAGUCUUUCUUCUGUUUCCGCCGCAUCGUCGAACUCGCAUCUUCCUCGCCCCCCUCAUUCCGCCACAGUACAAGGAACCCCUUCACAACCCAAUUCACUCACCCCUUCAUCGCAACAUACCUCAUCUCUGUCUCCCAUUGUGACACGAAUGCGAGAAAGGGACGCUGAUGCGAUCAAGGAAUACAUGCGGCGAAAUCGGAGCGGUAGUGGGGAAAACGACGACAGGUCGCGCAAUGGCACCCAGUACAGUUAUGCUGGGCCAGCCGCGAAUGGGGAUGACUUCAGCGGCCUAGGAGCCAUGGCAAUCACUGGAUCGACUACGCCACGUAGGCGUCUGAGACCGUCAUUCUCUGCUGCUCAGCUUAGAACGAGCACGACGCCGGUAGCUUCGCCAAAUCUAAACACAGGACCUACAGAUGCUAGGACACGGGCAGGUACCAAUCCGCCACAGCGGUCGCACCAACUAUCCUUAUCGCCUCUACCUAUCUUGACACGGACGACAUCAUCGGAUUUACCACGAAUUGAGGAUAAGUUGACGAAAGAGCCCGAAAAAUAUACUGGGCCUCCGAGUCAGUAUGCUAAAUUUCCAGAUCCUCCAGCAAAGGCUGAGAAGGCAGAAAGGGAGAAUCCUGUUUCAGCGAUCGGACGUCGGCUACCUUUCAAUCUGUUGUCCAAGCCUUUGUCUUCGUCAAGUCAUGCGGAGCGUUCGGGACAGAAUCAUCGACGGGGAUCAUCGGCGCAGUCAGCACGAGGUUGAAGUGGAGAGUGAUAUUUAUCGGGCGUUUUGGACGUGGACCGCGAGUCCUCGGUUUGUUUACCUGCUCAUGUUCAUGUGUACUAGUAGCAUAUUCGCACUGUAUCUAUGGAUUGUACAUUCAAGAACGAUGGAUAAUAUUAUCAUUCACC